CGUGCCAAAAGCUUCAGUUCGGAAAAGAAAUCUCGGCCGUCCACAUCAUCCCUACGUUUACCUAAUCAACGGUAAUGAUAUGCUUUACGGCCGCAUUUGUCGCCACGCACGACUCUAGUCUAUUUGUAUCCUCUCAUUGCGCGCCAUUGUCGUAAUUUUCUCGGGAAAAUCUUGGAGAAAGAAACGCGAAACGAAAGAGAAAAUUAGAACUCAAAAUGGCCACAAUCAAGAUCGUCAAAGCCCGUCAAAUAUUCGAUAGUCGUGGAAAUCCUACUGUCGAAGUUGAUAUAACUCUGACCGAUGGAACACUGGCCAGGGCUGCUGUUCCGAGCGGUGCAUCAACCGGUAUCUAUGAAGCUCUUGAGCUGAGAGAUGGUGGUUCUGACUACCUUGGAAAGGGUGUACUUAAGGCUGUGGACAAUGUAAACUCAAUCAUUGGACCUGCUUUAAUUGGCAAGGACCCAAGAGAGCAGACAGAACUGGACAAUUUUAUGGUACAGAAACUUGAUGGGACCGUUAAUGAAUGGGGUUGGUGCAAACAAAAGCUUGGAGCAAAUGCUAUACUGGCAGUGUCACUUGCUAUUUGUAAAGCAGGUGCUGCAGUGAACAAGAUCCCCCUCUAUAAGCACAUUGCCAAGCUUGCUGGGAAUAAGAAGUUGGUUCUGCCAGUGCCUGCAUUCAAUGUCAUUAAUGGAGGUUCCCAUGCAGGCAAUAAACUAGCCAUGCAGGAAUUUAUGAUUCUCCCUGUUGGAGCAUCUUCUUUCAAGGAAGCCAUGAAAAUGGGUGUGGAAGUCUACCAUCACCUCAAGGCUGUAAUUAAAAAGAAGUAUGGACAAGAUGCUACUAAUGUUGGUGAUGAAGGUGGUUUUGCCCCUAAUAUUCAGGAAAACAAGGAGGGCCUUGAACUCUUGAAGAUAGCUAUAGCGAAAGCAGGAUACACUGGAAAGGUUGUCAUAGGGAUGGAUGUUGCUGCUUCAGAAUUUUAUGAUAGCAAGGACAAGACCUAUGACCUGAAUUUUAAGGAAGAGCACAAUGACGGAUCAGAAAAAAUUUCUGGAGACAGCUUGAAGAAUGUUUACAAGUCAUUUGUGACAGAUUAUCCUGUUGUGUCUAUUGAAGAUCCAUUUGAUCAGGAUGACUGGGAGCAUUAUGCGAAGCUGACUAGUGAAAUUGGUCAGCAAGUUCAGAUAGUCGGAGACGAUCUCUUGGUCACCAACCCAAAGCGUGUAGAUAAAGCCAUCAAGGAGAAGACGUGUAAUUCCCUUCUCUUGAAGGUAAAUCAAAUUGGUUCUGUGACUGAAAGUAUUGAAGCUGUCAAGAUGUCUAAGCACGCUGGUUGGGGUGUUAUGGCAAGCCAUAGAAGUGGGGAAACUGAGGAUACCUUCAUUGCAGACCUUUCAGUUGGUUUGGCGACAGGUCAGAUCAAGACUGGUGCACCUUGCAGAUCUGAGCGCCUAGCCAAAUAUAACCAACUCCUUAGGAUAGAAGAAGAGCUGGGACCAGCUGCAAUUUAUGCUGGAUCAAAAUUCAGAUCACCAGUGGAGCCUUACUGAGGUUUAAAUCAUGAGAAAGCAGCAUAUGAUAGGAGCUUUUACUGGUAGUAGGGAGUGAUGUGAUUGCGCUUUAAGCUCUUAUUAUCUCGGACUAGAGCUAAUCUCAAUCAUCACCUUUUACUCCAAAUGCAAAUAAGCUUGAUCUUUUAGCUGCUUAUUUAUUUUUUCCUCCAUUGUUGGAAGAAAAUCUUCUAUUUUGGACUGGAGGUGUAGCAAAAUAGUUCUAGAAUAUUGAACUUUCUGGGGUGGGCAGAAAAUCAAAAAAAUCAAGAAAUUGAGUUCGACUCUAGCCAAACCGAACUGAACUAGUUUGGUCCAGUUUUCUAAAGUGGGCAAAAACUAAACUAGCUCUCCCUAUGUGUGAUUGUUCUUAGGACCAUUUCUUUGCAGGAAUUUGAUGCUCGAUGGCUAUGGAUGUUUGGAAAUUCAGGUGCUUUAAAUUUGGACAGCCAACGUUUAUUGAUAGUUGUAGGAUUUGUGUAGUGUGUUUUGGCACGGCAAUCCAAUAAUAACUUUAUAUUAUAGCUA